GCUCCGGCCCGGCCCGGCCCCGCCCGAUGUCCAUGAGCGCGAACACCAUGAUCUUCAUGAUUCUGGGGGCGUCGAUCGUGAUGGCCAUCGCGUGCUUGAUGGACAUGAACGCGCUGCUGGACCGAUUCCACAACUACAUCCUCCCGCACCUGCGGGGCGAGGACCGCGUCUGCCACUGCAACUGUGGCCGGCACCACAUCCACUACGUGAUCCCGUACGACGGGGACCAGUCGGUGGUGGACGCCUCCGAGAACUACUUUGUGACGGACAACGUCACCAAGCAGGAGAUCGACCUCAUGCUGGGGCUGCUGCUGGGCUUCUGCAUCAGCUGGUUCCUGGUGUGGAUGGACGGGGUCCUGCACUGCGCCGUGCGGGCCUGGAGGGCCGGCCGGCGCUACGACGGCUCGUGGACCUGGCUGCCCAAGCUGUGCAGCCUGCGGGAGCUGGGCCGGAGGCCGCACCGGCCCUUCGAGGAGGCGGCCGGGAACAUGGUGCACGUGAAGCAGAAACUCUACCACAACGGCCACCCGAGCCCGCGGCACCUGUGAGCCGCGGGCAGGACU